AUGAGCGUCGCUACCCCCCUUCUACAAACAAUUGAAUCGGACGAACCGAUUUCCCUGGCUCAGCCAAAAUCUUCCACCCCUCAUGAGCCGGUGGUACUUAUGCCAACGAGCCGUGCACAGAGCGGAAUGGCCUCCACUCCAGGUGGUGCAGAGUCAGGUUCUGCGCACCCAAUAUCUCUUUUGUUCCUGUACUUAUUUCGCAUUGCCGCAAUAACGACAUACAUCCUCUGCGGUUUCUUCACUGACAAUUAUGUCAUCUCUACUGUUGCAGUGGUUGUCCUGCUAGCUAUGGACUUUUGGAAUUGCCGAAACGUGUCGGGAAGGACACUUGUCGGUCUGCGAUUCUGGAACCAGGUGGAUGACGACGGUGAAAGCUACUGGGUAUUUGAGAGCCGUGAUCCAUCACGGCCCGCUAACCCUAUUGAUUCGAAGAUGUUUUGGACUGCUCUCUACGUAUUUCCUGCGUUGUGGCUAGUGCUCUUCAUAGUAUCACUCCUCAAAUUUAACCUAUCAUUCGUCCCAAUCGUCCUGCUCGCCCUUGUGUUCAAUAUGACGAACGUCAUUGGCUUUACAUACGCCGAUCGCGAUGCGAAGCAGAAAUGGGCGGCAAACGUCGCAACAUCUGGAUGGAAUAUGGGAAUGGGAGGCAUCGGAAACACCAUACUGACAGGUGUUGUCAAGAGCAGCGUGGGACGAGUAUUCGGCGCUUGA